CUGCUGCUUUGACGUGCGGGAAAGAAAGAGAGCGCAAGCAUCGAAACGAUCAACAACAGGUGAAAGCGAGAUGAGUUUAUUUGGGUUUCGAUUUGUUGUUAUAUAUACACUGUUGCGAAAAGUACAAUUUCCUGUGCUACUAAAACUAACAAGCUAAAUGGUAGCUUUUAAUUCUAUUUCUGCAAUUAACGGUACGUAGUGCAAACACACUUGUGCGAAGGCUCGCCAAACGAAUAGCAGUUGCAAGACGAAAAGUGGAAAAUGACCACGGAAGGAAACCCCACGGCGGAAGGCUUCUCGCACUGUACCCUGUUGGCAAGCGUCGAAGCGUACAGCCCCGAUACAAUCGAUCUUUAUCAGGAUCCGGAGGCGAACCGAUAUUGGUUCGCUUGCUUUAACGAUAUGUUGUCCAAAUUCGAGCGACAGGCAAUGGCGAGCCAAUCGAGCGAUCCCAGCGCGCAAACCCGUGCCCAAUCUUUCCGGGAACACUGCGUGGAAGUAUUCAACCAGCUGCAGAAGGAUAAACGCGAAACGAAAUCAUUAGGUAUCAGAAACCUGCUGGAGGUGAUUGAAAGCGGACUGCGAAAGUUUGGCUUUGAUGAUCCUUGGAAGGAACAGAAAACACUCGAAAAUAAAGCAUCCAUCGGUCUUCUAAAGAAUCGACUACAACAGCUGGACAGCAUAGCAAGCGAAAGGGAAAAAUGGACCGAAAUUGUCCGUGGUGUAUUAGCUGGUAAUAUGUUCGAUUGGGGCGCCCAGGCUGUGACAAAAAUUUUAGAAGCAAAUAAUGGUUUCGGCCUCCAACAGGCGCUGGAUCGGAUACAAAAAAGGCCCUGGUUAAUAGACGAUUUGGACAGUUGGCUCAACAGGAUGGAGCAAGAAGCACCUCAUCGAUGCGCUACGAUUUUCACGGAUAAUGCUGGUAUAGACUUUGUGUUGGGUAUUGUACCUUUAGUGCGCGAAUUGUUGAAGCGCAAUACGAAAGUGUUGCUAUGCGCCACGAUUAACCCAGCUAUCAACGAUAUUACUUACUCCGAGCUGACCGGAACCAUCGCCGAUUGUUGCAAGGAAUGUGAGAUUCUGCAGAACGCCUACAGCGUAGAACAUCGAUUGUUGUUGUUCGGCAACGAUCAAAUUGGACCGUGUCUUGACUUUCGAAUGAUUUCAAAAGAUUUAUCGGUGGCAAUCGAACAAAAUAGUGUCGAUCUAUUAAUAAUUGUUGGAAUGGCACGUGCAUUACACACCAAUCUGUACGCGAAAUUCGUAUGUGAAACAUUUAAACUGGCCGUCGUAAAGAACGAAUGGUUGGCAAACCGGUUAGGUGGAGAAACAUUUUCUGUGGUAUGUAAAUAUGAAAGGUAAUAUUUCAUGCAACGUUUGCAGUCAACUGAAGAACGAAGCAGAACCGGCGAACUCUGAAAUAUUCGACCAUACACUACUGAGAGAACUAAAAUAAAUAUUGAACGCGAGUUUAUUA